CGGCUCGCACCGCAGUCCGGGCAGGUCGGCGGUGCCUUCGAAAGGCGGCGAGGUAGGCUGUGAGCGCGAUGGCGAGCGCGGGGCGGCUGCUGUGCGUGCUGAGCCUGCUUCUCUGCGGAAUGGUGAGCCUCGUGCUGUCCGCACCCUCCAGAGGCACCACCGAGAAGCCCAUCAUUGGAAUAUUAAUGCAAAGGUGCCAUAAUAAGAUGAAAAAUCUUGGAAAAUACUAUAUUGCUGCAUCCUACGUAAAAUAUCUGGAGUCUGCAGGUGCAAGAGUUGUACCAGUAAGGCUGAAUCUUACAGAUCAAGAAUAUGAAAAGCUUUUCAAGUCUAUUAACGGGAUCCUUUUCCCUGGAGGAAGUGUUGACCUAAGAACCUCAGGUUAUGCCAAGGUGGCCAGAAUAUUUUAUAACUUUGCCCUGAAGAGUUUUGAUGAUGGAGACUACUUCCCAGUGUGGGGCACGUGCCUCGGAUUUGAAGAACUCACAUUCCUGGUGAGUAAAAAGAAGUUACUAACUCUGACAAAAACUGAGAAUGAGUCACUGCCGCUGAACUUCACUGGAGCUACAUUGCAGGGCAGAAUGUUCCGGAAUUUUCCUGCUGACUUGUUGCUGUCAUUGUCUACUGAACCUCUGACUGCAAAUUUCCACAAGUGGAGCCUCUCCAUGAAGAAUUUUACAAGAGAUACAAAUUUGAAGACGUUUUUCAAUGUAAUAACUACAAAUACAGUUGGCAAGAUUGAAUUUAUUUCAUCUAUGGAAGGAUAUAAGUAUCCAGUGUAUGGCGUCCAGUGGCAUCCAGAGAAACCUCCUUAUGAGUGGGGAAAUGACAACAUUUCCCAUUCACAUAACGCUGUGAAGGCUGCGUUUUACUUAGCAGAGUUCUUUGUUUCUGAAGCUCGGAAAAAUAAUCAUCACUUUGAAUCUGAAGAUGAAGAAAGGGCGGCGCUGAUUUAUCAGUUUCAUCCAAUUUACACUGGAAAUUUCUCUUCAUUUCAGCAAAGUUAUAUCUUUGAUUGAAAGCCUUCGAUGUGUUAAUAGAGCGACUCUGAGUAAUUGAUUGAACUGUUCUAAUAACUUGUCAUUCACGGCAGUAAUAGAGAUCACCAGGGAGGUUCCUUUUCUGUGACGUGACUCGCUCUGAUUCUUCUUUCAGUAUAUGACUUCACAUCGCGUCUGCUGAUCAAACAGUGAGACAUAAAUUAUCUUAUGGAAAAGCCUUAUUGUAUCUGAAGAUUGGAAAAAAAUAAAUUUAUUGAAAAUA